UGCGUUGUGGAACCACGGCAGUGUGUGGACUCAGCCGGAGCUGGAGAAGGCAGCAGCGGAGCAGUGGAGCGCAGGGUGAUCUUCACAUGGGAGUCCGACGGAGUGCCUCCUAACAUCAGAGGCUCAUUUUGGGAAGACACCGCCAACACCAGAGGAGCUUUUUCCAUGAGAUCCAUCUUGCAUUUCCUUCUGUGUCCCCCUUGUGAAAAUGGGGUGAUUUCCUUCUUUCAUCAUCCUGUUGAGUAACCUGGAACCGGCCCAGGGCAGAACCCACUGAUGUCAGAGGAUUCAGACUCCAAGCUCUAUUGCUUCUCGGUGCAGGAGGACCAUGAUGAAGCGUCAGAGUGUAGAGCGUCCACCUCCGGCACCACCUCAAUCUCCAGGGGGGCGUCGGGGUGCAACUCAGUGGCGCAGCUCCACAGGUUGAGCGCCUACGGCCAAGCCCGGCCCAGUCUGGGCCUUUCUUCAGAAGGGAGCGACAGCAGCGGGCAAGACCCCCAAUCUUCACCAUGCAACAUUCGCAAGAACGCACACUCUCGGCUGCUGCCCGAAGAGGACAUGGAGAUAAAGAGCAGCGGGUCCAGUGGGAGUGGGACGGAAUCUCAUGGCAAUGAAAGCCAUGGAAACGACAGCAACGGGAACGAAAGCCACAGCCACGAGUCCCUCGGCAGCUCCAAUGGCAACAGUAAGGACUCAGCAUUGCUGGAGUCAUCUGGAAGCCAUAAAAGUUCAAACUCCCACAGUCCAUCUCCUCCAAGCAGCUCCAACGCCUUCAGUUUGCUGAGCUCAGAGCAGGACAACCCUUCAACCAGUGGCUGCAGUAGUCAGGAGUCUGCCAAAGCAAAGACCCAGAAAGAGGUGAUCAAAACCUUAAAGGAGCUGAAGCGUCACCUGCCUGAAGAAAAGAGACACAACAACAAGUCCACCACGCUGAACACCCUCAAGUAUGCGCUUCGCUGCGUCAAACAGGUGGAAGCCAAUGAGGAGUAUUACCAGCUGCUGAUGAUCAACGACAGUCAGCCCUCUGGUCUGGACGUUUCUUCUUACACCAUUGAGGAAAUAGACAGCAUCACAUCUGAAUAUACUCUCAAAAACAACGACAUUUUUGCGGUGGUAGUGUCUCUCAUCACAGGAAGGAUCAUCUACAUUUCUGAUCAGGCUGCCUCCAUCCUGAACUGCAAAAGAGACGUGUUCACUGACUCCAAGUUUGUGGAGUUUCUCACGCCGCAGGACGUCAGCGUGUUCUACAGCUUCACCACUCCAUACCGCCUGCCCUCCUGGAGCAUGUGCACUGGAGCAGAGUCAUCCCCACCUGACUGCAUACAGGAGAAGUCCUUUUUCUGUCGUAUCAGUGUUGGUAAAGAGAACGAGGGCGACCUGCGAUACUAUCCUUUCCGCAUGACGCCUUACCUGAUGAAGGUCCAGGACACACGCCACUCGGAGGACCAGUUCUGCUGCCUCCUCCUGGCUGAGAGGGUUCACUCCGGUUAUGAUGGUGAGAGCCUAACUGGAGCCCCCAGAAUUCCAACAGACAAGCGUAUUUUCACCACCACACACACUCCGACUUGUGUAUUCCAGGAUGUAGAUGAAAGGGCGGUUCCUCUUCUCGGGUACCUUCCUCAAGACCUGAUUGGUACCCAAAUUCUCCUUCACCUGCAUCCGAAUGACCGCCCAAUGAUGCUGGCCAUCCAUAGAAAAAUUGUUCAGCAUGCUGGGCAGCCAUUUGACCACUCAUCAUUACGCUUCUGUGCUCAAAAUGGAGAAUAUAUCAUCCUCGACACAAGCUGGUCCAGCUUUGUCAACCCCUGGAGCCGGAAGGUCUCCUUUGUUAUCGGAAAACACAAAGUCCGCAUGGGUCCUGUGAAUGAAGAUGUUUUCAUGAGCCCGGUCUGUGCCGACGGCCACAUGAAGACCAUGGACUCUGACGUCCAGGAGCUGACUGAGCAGAUCCAUCGGCUGCUGCUUCAGUCGGUUCACAACAGUGGGUCCAGCGGCUACAGCAGUCUGAACAGCAACGACCAUCUCCUGAGCUUGACCUGCUCCAGUGAGAGUCUUAGCAACGAUAAUGGAAGCAAGCUGCAGCCAGAGGAAGGAGAAGCCAGCGGCAAAACCAGACUUCGAUCUUUUCAGGAAAUUUGUAAGGGAAUUCACCGUCAGAAGAGCCAGGAACAGCAAUCUGCCAAAUCCGACUGCAACAAACUCAACAAAGGGCCUGUAGAGAAAAGCCAACCUGUGGUUCGUGUUAAAGACUCUGCCCCUUCUAUUAACCGGAGGGGAGCAAAGAUGGAGGACGGCAGAGACCCUUUCCAGGAUGAACUGGCUUUCAAUUAUCAGGGUGUCUACUCCUACCAGCAGAUCAGCUGCCUGGACAGUGUUAUAAGGUACUUGGAGAGUUGUAACAUUCCUGUCACCAUGAAGAGGAAGUGCCAGUCCUCGUCCAACACCACAUCCUCUAACUCGGACGAAGACAGGCAGAAAGGGCCCACCAGCAUGCAAGUGUCUAGAGAGCCAGUGUUAUUGAAGGAUCAGUCUGCUCUCUCUGCUCGGGAUGAUCCUGACAAAAAGUCCACUAAUGCGACCACAGCGGUAGUGGGCACUCAGCUGCCCCUAUCUGUUCCAAACAAACCAGAAAGCGUGGUGUCCAUAACCAGCCAGUGCAGCUACAGUAGCACCAUAGUACAUGUUGGGGACAAGAAACCUCAGCCAGAGUCAGAAAUAACAGAGGAUGUUCCAGGAGCAGGAGAGGUGCUUGAAUACUGCAAGAACCCCGGAGCUCCUCCUUGUGUGGUUUCUCCUCCCAGCCAGGGGAAGGAGUCCUACAGGAAACUGGGCCUGACUAAGGAGGUGUUGGCAGCUCACACUCAGAAAGAGGAGCAGCUUUUUCUGUGUCGGUUUAAAGAUCAUUGUGGACUUGAUGCUCUCAAACCAAAGUGCUCUCAGUGUCUGGAGCCUCAAGGAGGGGAGAUCAGGAGCAACGCUCGACGUGUCACCCAACCAGGCAGACAGGAAAGACCACCUGCAGAACUGCCCCCGCGCCGAGGACCACGGAAAAAGAAAUCCAAGUCAAAGCGAGCGAAGCGCAUCACCUCCACUGAAAAUAAAGCAGUCAAACAGGCACUGCCGCAGCCUCCCCAGCCAAAGCAGGUCCCUAAACACCCCGCAGGUCCCCCCCAUGAUGCCUCGCAGUCUAUCCCCCCCACAGUACAUCCCUCCAUGCUACAAGGCAUGCCCCUGCAGCUGUACCCCACCGUCAGCCCCUCAUCUCCACCCACAGAGGCCACACAGCAAGGCUUUAUGGGGGCCCAAAAUUCUCCUUUUGCUCCCAUGAUGGCACCUGUUGUUGCUUUUCUUAUGCCUAACUACCUGUACCCUGCAAUGGCUUCUGGACAUCUACUGCCUUUCCAGCCAGUAGUCCAUGCUGGGGACACUCCCACCCACAUGCAGCCAGCGGGUCAGGCCGCCUUUCUGGGCCAAUGUAACCCCACACCACAGUCUGUCCCCGGCAAUCAGAACCAGUUAAACUCCAGCAACUCCUUUGCCCCGUUAGCAGGCUACAUAACGCCGUCGUUUUAUUUCCCAUCACCCUCGGAAACCCCCAAGCCUCAAGCAGAGAUGCUCUCGCGUUCCUCCACACCAGAGUCCGGUGAAGCAGGAAGUGAGGCGUCCCCUCCUUUGUUCCAGUCUCGCUGCAGCUCCCCCCUCAACCUGCUGGAGCUGGAACUCUCUGUGGACAGGCAGGACAACCCUGGUCUCACCUCCGGAGGACACAUGACGGAAAGGGAGAGAGGAGGAAGCAUCUGCCAGGCCAAGGAGAGGGAUCUGAAACAGCCCUCUCUCAGUCUCCUUGGUCCUCCUGGACCCUUGUAUUUCGAGGGUACAUCCAGUGUCUAUGAGCGUUUGUCUUGGGAUAAAGUGUGGUCUAGGCUGUGGGCUUGGAGCGACGAGAGAAGUUCACGUGGUAACGAUGUUAACAGCGAUGCCAACUCCUCAUCCAGCGACAUGUUGGAGAUCCUUCUCCAAGAGGACUCCUGCUCAGCCACCUCAGGCUCGAUGGGGUCGGGAUCCAACGGCUGCGGCACCUCGGCCAGCGGGACGUCGCAGAGCAGGACAUCAGCCAGUGGAGCCUCAGCAAGUGGGGUUUCAGACAGUCGCUCAGGAAGCAACAACAGCAGCAACUACUUUGGCAGCGUGGACUCAUCUCAGAGAAGCCAGAAACCGAAGAGUACCUUGAGCAAAAGUGAGGGAAUGCCUGUGGAGAUGGAGCAGAGUGAGCAGGUCAUCAAGUGCGUUCUACAGGACCCACUCUGGCGGCUCAUGGCCAACACAGAUGAGAAAACCAUGUUGACCUAUCAGCUGCCCUCACGUAACUUACAGAAUGUGCUCGCAGAAGACAAAGAGAAGCUCAGGCUGCUGCAGAAGUGCCAGCCUCGCUUCUCUGAGGAGCAGAGAAAGGAACUUGUGGAUGUCCAUCCAUGGAUGAAAAAGGGAGGUUUGCCCAAAGCCAUAGAUAUUAAGGGCUGCUCCUGCUGUGAUAAUACCUCAGAGGCGGCACAGGAAGUUGGUCUGCCAGAGCUGGAUCUAAGCGAUGCAGAAACCAGGGAACUCAGCUGCCUGCAGAUGUCUGUAGAAGAUCCCCUUAAUUCUUCUGAUAAAAGUUUUCAAAGUCCUCAGAUCCAAGUAACAAGACAGCAAACUGAUGCUGAAGAGCCUGUUGUUACCUGACAGCCUGGUAUUACUUCAAACUGUGAAGAGUUUUUUUGUUUUGUUUUUUUUUUAGAAAGAAGGGCUCUUACUUUUUAUGGCUCAUUGUUUAAUUUGGAAACCUUGGAACUAUGUAAAUAUAAGUUGUGGCCAUAAAAAUAUGUUGUUUUUUAAGCCACACUUGGUAUUUUCAGAGUAACUGCUGGAUCUCUUGGACUAAAUUUAUUAAUGAAUGUGUUUAAUAGUUGCACAAAGUUUGUUGCACCUUUAACCUUUUUUUUUUGCACCAACAAAUGGAUUUGAUAAGAUUCUACAGAUGUGGGCAGAUGGGAUCUGAAAACUCUUUAUUUGUGUUUUGUGAGCUACAACACUGUACUUUGCCAGCAUGCUGGAAGGGGUGUUAAGUCACUUGUUACACAUCAAGCACCAAAUGUGCACUUCAGGGGCUGCAGCAACAGGAAAAAAUCUUUGAGAAAUUAAGUUUUUGCUCAUAAUGAAGCAAAAGUAACUGCACUGUAGUGACAACCCCAUCAAAGCACAUUCACACUAGGAAAAUGUAUGGAAGACUCUGACUGAAUGCUCCAAUGUUAAACCACUGUUUGAAACAUAGAGCAUUAUUAGGUUUAUAAAUUUUUCUUCCAAAUAAUUGGAGAAUAAGGUGAACAUCUGAAGAUCGUACAUCACUAAAAAAAAACAAAAAAACAUACACGAUGCCAUCUAUGAGCAUUUUUACAUAGGCCUAAUAAUCUCACCAAAUAUAAUUUUUCAUUCUCUUCAGAGUCUUUUUUCCUGUUACUAAAUGCUGUUUAACUUGCAUUUAGUCAUCUUUACUGCACAGAACACAGCAUUUGUUCCAGAUGUGAAGUUUAAAUAAGCUGCUUUAUUUUGAAGCUUGCCUAAAUGUUUGUACGUGUGUCUAUAAAUAUAUAUUUUUAUGCUUUUGUAAAUGACAUCUGACAAAAAGAGAAGAAAAAAAAGUACUAAGUUAUUGAAAACCAAGCAGGACCAAAUGACUAAUAUUAAGAAAAAAAUGUUAGUUUUGUACAUCAAGACAUUUCCCUACCUAAAGGUGUUAUUUAGGUUUUAUAGUGAAUGUGUACCCCACUUUAAUAAAAUGCAUGCCGUCUUA